GAGCUGCCUGAUUCUGUCCUAGCUCUGCCAGCUGUGUGAACUUGGGCGGCGACUGCUCAGUGUGACCUGGUGGGACGAAGAUGGCUGUCCAAGCGCUGCUGCAGACAGGGCUGUUCCUGCCGACUCUGCUCUUCCUGGUCCAAGGCGCCCACGGCGGGGGCCCCCGGGAAGACUUCCGCUUCUGCGGCCAGCGGAACCAGACGCGGAGGAGCAUCCUCCGUUAUGAACAGUCGCCAGAGCUGCACAUCUCCGUCGAGAACUCCGACGAGGCGCUCGCAGUCCGAGCCCCCUUCCCUGCAGCCCACCCGGCCGCCCGAGUCUUCCCCGAGCCCAGGGGCGUCUACCACUUCUGCCUCUACUGGAACCGACGUGCUGGGAAACUGCAUCUCCGCUACGGCAAGAGCGACUUCCCCUUGAGUGACCAAGCCUCUGGCCUCCUCUGCUUCCGGCGCCAGGAGGAGAGCCGGGCCCGGGGCCCCCCACUGCUCGCCACCUCCGUCAGCUCCUGGUGGAGCCCCCGGAACACCAGCCUGCCCGGGGCAGCCGGCUUCACCUUCUCCUUCCACGACCCUCCGCACAGGGCCUCUCACAACGCCUCCGCCGACAUGUGCGAGCUCAAAAGGGACCUCCAGCUGCUCAGCGAGCUUCUGAAGCAUCCCCGGAAGACCUCGAGGAGGCCCUCGGCCACCCCCGCCAGCCGGCAGCUGCAGAGCCUGGAGUCCAAGCUGACGUCUGUGAGAUUCACCGGGGACGCGGUGUCCUUCGAGGAGGACGGGAUCAACGCCACGGUGUGGAAGCUGCAGCCCGCAGCCGGCCUCCGGGACCUGCACAUCCGCUCCGGGAAGGAGGAGGCGCAGAGCGAAGUGCUGGAGUACUCGGUGCUGCUGCCCCGAACGCUGUUCCAGAGGAGCAAAGGCCGGAGGGGGGAGGCCGAGCAGCGGCUGCUCCUGGUGGACUUCAGCAGCCAAGCCCUGUUCCAGGACAAGAAUUCUAGCCAGGUCUUGGGUGAGAAGGUCUUGGGGAUCGUCGUGCAGGACACCAAAGUGGCCAACCUCUCAGAGCCUGUGGUGCUCACCUUCCAGCACCAGCCACAGCCGAAGAACGUGACUCUGCAGUGCGUAUUCUGGGUUGAAGACCCGACACCGAGCAGCCCGGGGAGGUGGAGCAGUGCCGGGUGCGAGACCGUCAGGAGGGAAACCCAGACGUCCUGCUUCUGUGACCACCUGACCUACUUCGCAGUGCUGAUGGUCUCCUCCGUGGAGGUGGACGCCGCGCACAAGCACUACCUGAGCAUCCUCUCCUACGUGGGCUGCGUCGUCUCGGCCCUGGCCUGCGUCCUCACCGUCGCCGCCCACCUCUGCUCCAGGGUGCCCCUGCCGUGCAGGAGGAAGCCUCGGGACUACACGAUCAAGGUGCACAUGAACCUGCUGCUGGCCGUGUUCCUGCUGGACGUGAGCUUCCUGCUCAGCGAGCCGGUGGCCCUGACGGGCUCCGAGGCUGGCUGCCGCGCCAGCGCCAUCUUCCUGCACUUCUCACUGCUCUCCUGCCUCUCCUGGAUGGGGCUGGAGGGCUACAACCUCUACCGCCUCGUGGUCGAGGUCUUCGGCACCUACGUCCCCGGCUACCUGCUCAAGCUGAGCGUCGUGGGCUGGGGCUUCCCCAUCUUCCUGGUGACACUGGUGGCACUGGUGGACGUCGACAACUACGGCCCCAUCAUCCUGGCCGUGCACAGGACUCCAGAGAGUGUCAUCUACCCUUCCAUGUGCUGGAUCCGGGACUCCCUGGUCAGCUACGUCACCAACCUGGGCCUCUUCAGCCUGGUGUUUCUGUUCAACAUGGCCAUGCUGGGCACCAUGGUGGUGCAGAUCUUGCGGCUGCGCCCGCACACCCAAAAGUGGUCCCACGUGCUGACGCUGCUGGGCCUCAGCCUGGUCCUCGGCCUGCCCUGGGCCUUGGUCUUCUUCUCCUUUGCUUCUGGCACUUUCCGGCUUGUCGUCCUCUACCUCUUCAGCAUCAUCACCUCCUUCCAAGGCUUCCUCAUCUUCCUCUGGUACUGGUCCAUGCGGCUGCAGGCCCGGGGUGGGCCCUCCGCUCUGAAGAGCAACUCGGACAGCGCCAGGCUCCCCAUCAGCUCAGGCAGCACCUCGUCCAGCCGCACCUAGGCCGCCCACCCGCCCGCGGCCUCGCCUCACACUGCCUGUGGCCCCUGCAGCCGGGCCGGCCCGGCCGUCAGUCGGAGACU